GCGCGCUCCCGCCCGACUCUCUCCCGCGGAACCGCAGCCUUCGCCCGGCAGAGACCUCGUCCGCCUCCCCGCUGUCCUCGCUGGAAACUGUCCUUUCUGCGCGGGACAAGCCCACACGUCUGCGGCUGGUUGCCGACCAGUGGACUGGGAUUGGGACUGUCAGUCGUUUGUCAGCGUUGAAUACAGCAGGUCAUAUUCUCUGCAGUGGAGGAUUACACAGAUGUCUCCCCAGCGCUCCUCCGAACGUUUAAAGGCCUCCAAGAGGAGGGGCCAGAAAAAACCUAACAUAAUGUUUGACAUUGACGAGGACAAAUGCGACAUCCUUGAUGUCAUCGAAAGCCUUUCUGAAGAGGAUCCCUCCUCCCCACGAUCAGGUCCCUCCUCCUCCCAGCCAGGUCCUUCCUCCCCACGAUCAGGUCCCUCCUCCUCCCAACCAGGUCCCUCCUCCUCCCAACCAGGUCCUUCCUCCCCACGAUCAGGUCCCUCCUCCCCACAACCAGGUCCUUCCUCCCCACGAUCAGGUCCCUCCUCCUCCCAACCAGGUCCUUCCUCCCCACAAUCAGGUCCCUCCUCCCCUCGACCACGUCCCCGCUCCUCACGACCCGCCACCUCCAAGAAACCGAAGCGUUCUCAGCGUCUGUGUGCAAACUGUCGAAAGCUUUAUCGGAAUGCAAAGAGAGCCAAAAAACCCCUCCCAGACAAGCUCCUAGACACCGAUCCGGAGUCCCUGACCUGUGACCAGUGGAUGCUGGUGCGGAGGACGAGGAACACGAUGCUCCCCGUUAUCUCAUGGAGGCGUUUGAGCUGGGCACCGCUGGACGAAGCGUCCGUGAGGCUGAGGCAGCAGCGCGGGGCGGCGGGGCCGUCGCCAGGCUGCGACAGGCCGUCGGUGUUCCUCCAGAGGAACCUUCGUCAGUCCGUCAGCGUGCAGGUGAAGAACCAGGGGAAGAGGCUCAACCGGAAGAGAGGGAGAAGUGAGCCCCAGUCCUCCCGCGUUGCCAAGCAACGGCGUCUUCAAAGCAGCCCCGGCGUCAGCUGCGCGGGCGACGGGCCCCAGCGCCCGGGCGUCAGCUGCGCGGGCGACGGGCCCCAGCGCCCGGGCGUCAGCUGCGCGGGCGACGGGCCCCAGCGCCCGGGCGUCAGCUGCGCGGGCGACGGGCCGAGCAGCCCAGGAACCAGGAGGCGGGAGGACCCGCGUCCCGCCGAGCCCAGACAGGUCCGGGUCCUGCGGGGGCCAAAGAAGGCGCUACGGUUCCAACAGCGGUUCAGGAAGAUGCAAGGCAACAGCAGCAUUGUCAAGGAAGCGCCUUGAAGCGCUGAUUGUGGCGUGUCCUCCAGCGGACAAAACCGGCCUGCGCCGGCUUUUAGUUGGGAUGUUCUGGUGGUGUUUGUCGUCCUCCAGCCCGGAUUACAUUCCGUUGGGAAAAAAAAGUGCCUGGAGCCUUUUUCCAUGCACACUUUUUUGCAUGCGCUUUAAUUUUUGCUCAUUUUUGUUUUUCGUAAGCUGUUAAUACAUACUGUAUACUAACUUAAUACUUACUGUAUGGCUGGUUCCAGCAGUUGCCCAGGUUUUCUGGAUGUUUCUGUGUUUGUGUUUUAUUGUGUUUGUGUCAAACACAGUUUGCAAUGUUUAGUGUUUCUCUCUACGAGAUUUCCACGAUUGUUCCACGAUUCCAUUGAGAAUGGAAUAA